UUCAUCAAUGGGGGGUGGAUUGUGGUUUAUGUCGGGAUGUUUUACGUCUUGUUUGUCUAGUUCAAGGCUCUGUGGCUCAGUUGCUCACUAUUUGGCUCAGACUGUGAUACUGUGAUUUUCUCACACGCUGCCGCAGUCACCAGGCUCACAGAAUCUCCGACAUCUGGGACAACUCGAAGGUCCCAUCGAACCCAAGGCUGAAGUUGGUCCCUACAAACACAACCGGGCCCCUGUACGAAAGAUCCCUAUUUUCUGUCCCAAACCUCUGGAAACUGAGACAAAAAUGGAGAACGAGACAUCAGGAUUGAGUAAAGGCCUCCUUGUGAACUGCAGCAUGUCUGGACGAUACAACUUCAUCUUCAAAUUCAUCCCUGUGGUCUAUGGGUGCAACUUCAUCAUUGGGAUCAUUGGGAACAGUAUGGUGGUGGCUGUCAUCUACCGCUACAUGAAGCUAAAGACAGUAGCCAACGUGUUUGUGCUCAACCUUGCUAUUUCGGAUCUAACCUUCCUCAUCACACUGCCAAUGUGGGCCACCUUCACGGCCACGGGAUACCACUGGCCCUUCGGCACCUUCUUGUGCAAAGCUAGUGCAGGUCUGGUCAUCUUCAACCUCUACACUAGCAUCUUCUUUCUUACUGCUCUUAGCAUCGACCGAUAUCUCGCUAUCGUACACCCGGUGCGUUCCAGACAUCGACGCACCCUCUUCUACGCCAACCUCACCUGCGUGCUAAUAUGGGUGUUUGCUUUACUUCUCAGCAUGCCCACAGCGCUAAGCAGGGAUGUUUAUGACAUGGGCAACUCCAUGUUGUGCGCGGUGUGGCACCGCAGCGAACGAAUCCACUUGCUUGUUACCCUUAGUGUGCUAAAAAGCGUUCUAGGGUUCUUUGUGCCUUUUCUCAUCAUCAUCACAUGCUAUUGCCUUAUCGGUCGGGACCUGCUGGAUUCUAGGGGUAUGCUGAGGAAGAGCGUUCGCUCGCGGGAAGACGAGACGUUACGCAUGCUAGCUGCUGCUGUGCUAGCGUUCUUUGUUUGCUGGGCUCCUCAUCAAGCUUUCCACUUCAUGGAGCUGCUGGCCAUGCUUGGUGUGGUGAAAAACUGCCAAACUCUGGAUAUUCUUGACACCGCCAUGCCCUUUACCAUCUGCAUUUCGUACUUGAACAGUUGUGUCAACCCCCUUCUCUACAGCUUUGUUGGAAAGAACUUCCGCAAGAAUCUACUGAGGCUGCUGUGCUGUGGCUCGGGUCCAGCUAGCGGUCCCCUUAGAAUUAACUCAAAGAUUAAUAUACAUUCCAGCUGCACCUCUGGAUUGCUCAAACCAACAAGCUCCAAGAAGAAUACAACAUCUUCUGUAGAGACUUCAUCAGUGCGCAGCUGAAAUAUUAAGAAAAACCGUGAGGAUGAUGAUUUGUGUUUUAGUAACCAUUCUUAAAGCCACAAUAUGGAAUAUUUAGACCGCUAAAUGGCGCAAUUUCGAAACAACAAUAAAAGGCGAAGCUAAAUGACGUUAUGUAGGAGAGUAGAAUUAUGGGAUAUGUCGUUUUCACCAUCCAGAGGCGUAUGGAGAUCACCCAUCAUGUUCACGGACAAGGUAAUGAAUGAAUUUUAUUUGAUGUCAUCGUAAUGAAUUAGCUUGCAAGAAACGUGGAAUGUAAUGCAACGUUAGUCCACGACUGAUAUUGGACUUUGUCUAUUGAUUUGGUAGCGUAAUGCUACACGGUUUCACGUUUUACGGUUUUACGAGUAUUUUGUGUACAAUAACAUUUUCUUUGCUUACCUGUCUAUUAAAACACAUGCGAAAGCGGAGUCUCUGUCGAGUCCAAGUUGGUCGCGAAGCUCUCUCCAUUUAGAAAACGCCACGCUGAUAUUAAUCCGAGUUUUAUUUCUUCGUUUGUCCAUAAGCCUGCUUGCCUCAUUUGGCCUACGUUUACGCUUUUUGGGGUUUCCUUUACUCGCCAAAGUGUAAUCGUGAUCCAUAAUAACAGAACAACAGAUGCUGCGUCCCAUAUGCUGUAUAACCAUUUUCUCAUUUGCGUGUUGCCUUAGUUUCUACAACCGGAAACUGAGGGUAGUGCGGAGCAGCGGAUAUUAAGUCACUGAUAUGAUACAAAUACAAGCGAGACAAGGGAUGGGCCAUUAUUUUAAAUAGGAAUUUCUCUGGAUUUGCACAUUCUUGGAAACAUUUGGGAUAAUUUAAGUACACAACUGUAUGAAAUAUAUCACACUGUGCAAGUGAUUUUUGGAUAUUUCAUAACAAAAUUAUUCCAUAUUGUGGCUUUAAGGUUUGUGAAAUUUAGUAGCAUCUAGCAGAGUGGUUACGAAUCGUAACCCACGGCUCAGUCCACAGCUCACCCCUCCCUUUCAAAACACUACGGUGGCUGACACAGGACAAAGAUGUCAUCACAUUUUCGCAUCUUUGCCGAAGGAGAUAACGUUGAAACAUGCCCUGUAGAGCAGUUUGUCCGUUUAGGGCUGCUGUAGAAACAACAUGGUGGAUUCCAUGUAAGGGGACUUGCGGUGAAUGUAGAUAGAAAUAGCUCAUUCUAAGGUCAUAAAAACGUAACGCUUCAUUAUGUAAGGUCUUUAUACACAUCUGAAGACAUAGUUAUGUUUAUCAUAUUGCAUUUCUGGAAAGUCUAGCUUUGACCAGUGUGAUAGUGAUGGUUUGACGUUGGUCUAGCUGGUGCACAUGUGCCGGUUGCUUAAAGAACUUAAACCUGGUCUUUUAAACAGCGCCAGAAACUGUUUGUUUUAUGCAGGUAUGCAAAUGCAUGAGUGCCUUCAGCUGUCUGUAAAAUUAAACCAGAUGCAUUAUUAUUCAGGUAGCUAUGUGUUGACAUGUCUAAUAUAUUCACAGCAAGAUUUGCUUCUAACUACACUAUUAUUCUACCAUAACAGUAGUUGACCUGUAAGACAAAACUGAACAUGUGAGAGGACAGUUUGCACUGACGCUUAUAGCUUGCUUAUGCCAAUGCUGAGAAUGCAAAGCUUAAUCUGACAUUUUAUUUGGAUGAUGAUGCAAAAUCAAUAAAAUAUGCUUUCAUUUACUUGUGUAGACUAUGGAGACCGUUUGCUAAGAGUGGGUUUUACAUACGCUUCUGAAUAAGUGAUCUGUGAAUGUGACCAUGCAAUAUCCACAGUUUGGGUUUUCUGAAAACAGUGCCUUUUUUGUGGAACCAAAACCACAAAUACAAUUUUGCUGAAAACAAACAACUUGGAGGUGGUGAAACCAGCUGUAACCUUAGUUUAGCAGGACGCUAGCAACACCAAGGUCAUAGGUUUGAUUUCCAGUCUAUGCACAUACAGAUACUGAUAACAUGCAUUUCAACGUAUGCCAGGUACAUGAAUGUAAACGUAACAGCUGUUGGUGUCUACAGAAAGCUAGUCAUGAGUGUGUCAGCGAUAACCUGUCACAAUCUGUUUAUACACAUUAUGUGCAUUAUAUUUGUGUUCCUUUUACAAAGAGAUUUUCUGCAGUUAGGAUUUCUUUAACUGAAAAUUCCAUAUAUACUGUAUCUAUAUUUUUCUUGGUUUCUUUUGAGAUUACCUUGCUCUUAGUAGUUUAC